AUGUCGGUAAGAAAUCGUACGGCACUCGGUCACGACAGAAUAAGACCAGAACACCUGAAGAGCCUUCCGCCAGUACUCAUCAACACCCUGACGAGGCUCUUUACACGUUAUCUGUCGGAAUGGAAGGUUCCUAAACAAUGGAAGACCAGCAAGACCGUGUUGUUGUAUAAAAAGAGAGAUCCACAUGACAUCGGCAACUAUCGCCCAAUCUGCUUACUGUCCGUUAUCUACAAGCUCUUUACAAGAGUGAUCCUUAAUAGGAUUGAAAACGUCUUGGACGAAGGACAGCCAUGCGAGCAAGCAGGGUUUUGA